AUGACGGACCCAGAAAAGACUGAGCGCCUCCUCGAGUUGCUCAGCAAGCUGGACAGCGGAGACCUCGACCAGGCCGUGCUUGGCAUACAAUCCAGAUCCCGAGACCUGUUGUGGGAGCAGCUGCCGGAGAGGAUUGUGCUUCUGCGACAUGGUCAGAGUGAGGGAAAUGUGGAUCCGAUGCUCUACACAUCGAAGGGGGACUCCAGACUUGAGCUGACCAAGCGAGGAAUUCGCCAGGCAAAAGAGGCCGGAAAGCGCCUUAAGGCGCUCGCCCCGACAACUGGGAAGAUUAUUGUAUGCACGUCGCCCUUCGAAAGGACGACGCAGACACUCCUUGCCUUGUAUGCCGGCGGUUUUAGCCAGGACAACGUGGAGUGCGUCCACGUGGACCCUCAGAUUCGGGAGCAGGAGUUCGGAAACUUUCAGGACCCGGGCUUGACUUCCAAGGUCCGGGCUGAGGAGCAGAGAGUGGGCAGAUUCUACUACAGGCGCCCCAACGCCGAAAGCUCGGCUGACGUUUUCGACAGGGUCACACAGUUUUGGGACAAGCUGUUCGAGGACAAUGGAAAGGGCUUACUAACAGAGCCCAACGUCAAGUAUGAGCUGUGCGUAAUGGUUACCCAUGGCCUGACGAUCCGGCUGAUGCUCAUGUGCCUCUUCAAGUGGUCAGUGGAGACUUUCGCUUCGGUAUGGAAUCUUGGCAACUGUGAGCAUGUCACCUUGAAAAAGAAUGUCAAAGAGCAUAGAUACGAGAUAUGCGUCGAAGAGUCUUAUCCACGACGGUUGCCUUGGGCAACACGGGAAGCGUGGAUUGUCUUUAACACCAAGAUUGCCCCGCAGGAGAUGCUGGAACGACUGGCGGCAUUGCAGGAAGCCCGCGAAGCUCUGUGCGACGAAGGUGUCCGGGAGGAAGCUCUCCGGCUGGACAAAGCCAUGGACUCCCUGGAGAACAAAAUCCUCCGGGCACGCGCGGAGCCGUAUACUGUCAUCGACUACCUGGCAAUAUCCCAGCCGCGGACCAUGCAGACCGAGGAGGUCUUGUCAAGACUGGUGCCGGGGCACGGGCAUGGCCACAAGACGCCGGAGGACAUGCGUGCACUGGUGGCGGCACCGGAUGAGAGCCAAAUCGAGUUCAUCGAUUGGUGGGGCGACAACUUGAGCUACCAGGGAAAGAUGCUCCGCCAGAACAGAGUGGGCACCAUCCACUCCACGCGCUCGGCCAGCCAAAGCCGAAAUCCCAGCCGGAGCCACACGGAGCCGCCUGAUCUGGAAGAUCCCGAGGAUCCCGAGGAUCUCUGA